AUGGCAGUUGCCAAGGGAGACGAGACGAGAAUUCGACCUCGAGAUCCGCUCGAUUUCAGGAGUGUGGAAAUGUCCUGGUUUGAUGGUGCUAACUGGCGAAUGCAUCCUCAGUGGCGAUAUUGUCUACUGAACGACAGCGAUUCGAUGAUGACACCCGAAGAAGCGUUCAAAGUUUACGCGAAACAAAUGCGUUCAACCGGUAAACUGCCAAAAUUAUGUGAGCCGCGGAAAUCUUUAGUCGAAAGAUUUCUAUUCGAUAUGAAAGUCACGAAUGGACUCACGAAUAUGUGGGAUGUUAGUUGGAAAACGAAUAAAAGGUUUGUUAACGGGACAAAUCGAAAUCCUUACUCAUUCGAAGAUGUUUUCAAACGCAAUUCUAAAAAGUAUCGAAAUGCUAUUUAA